GUAUAAAACGUCGAUCGUAACUGGUGCCAGUGUGUUAACUGCAAAGCCAACAUCAGACCUCGCCAUGAUCAUGUGGAGUUCGGUUGCCGCUCUCCUGCUUCUGGGGCUGACGGCGACAGCCUCGGCCACGAGCGUGUCGUGCUACUGGGGCUCGUGGGCGACGUACCGCGCGGGUCCAGCCAACGUAGAGGUGGCCGACAUCGACACCACGCUCUGCACGCAGGUGGUCUACGCCUUCGCUGGCCUCGACGAGACGACCAACAGCAUCAAGUCGCUCGACCCCUACAACGACCUGGAGGAGAACUACGGCAAGGGCAACUACAAAAAAUUCACUGCGCUCGCCGACCAGGGCGUCGUGCCGCUGCUCGGCGUCGGGGGAUGGAAUGAAGGCUCCGUCAAGUACUCAACGAUGGCGUCCACGGCAACGUCGCGCAGCGCGUUCGCAACGAACGCGGUCUCGUUCCUGCAGCAGUACGGCUUCAAGGGCUUGCAGCUGGACUGGCAGUACCCGGGGCAGCGCGGCGGCAGCGCCGCGGACCGGGAGAACUUCGUACUACUGUGCCAGGAGCUGCACCAGCGCCUCGCCGACGCGGGGCUCUCCUUCGGCAUCGCAGUUGGCGCCCUCCACGGCAUGACCGAAACUUCCUACGACGUGCCCUCCCUCAUCCCAUACGUGGACUGGAUCAACCUCAUGUCCUACGACUACGCUACUGCUUCGACCGACAGGCUAACGGCCAAUAUGGCUCCCCUGUGGCCACGGCUCAACGUCACCAGCUACCUGAACGUGGACGCAACAGUGCAGGAGUGGAUCUCUGCGGGCGCUCCGGCGGCGAAGCUGCGCGUGGGCGCCCCGUUCUACGGGCGCACCUACACCCUGGCCAACCCCGACUCGCACGGCCUGGAUGCGCCAGUAGUCGGUGCGGGCGUCGCCGGCGCCUACACCCAGGAGGCGGGGCUCCUCGCAUACUUCGAGAUAUGCAUGGCGACCUGGACAGAAACAGUUAUUGAGGACGGCGAGGCCUAUGCCUACAGCGGCAACCAGUGGGUCAGCUUCAAGAAUCCCCAGACAAUGCAAACCUUGGGAGAGUAUGCUGUUCAGAAAGGCCUGGACGGGGCACAUAUUUGGUCCAUUGAAUCUGACGACAACCACAACACUUGUGGAGGUGGUGUGAAGCCUCUUCUUAACAGCCUAAACAAAGGAUUAGGUCUUCAGUGAGAGAUUAUUAGCUACAUGUGAUCUCUUCUCACAAUGUGGGAGGAUCAAGACUGAAAACAUUUGUAUCUAUCUGAGCAUAAACAAACAAUAGAACAUUAAAUAUAUAAAAGCACUUAAAUAUGAACACACCAAAGCAUGAAUGAUUUUACAGUUUCAUACAUGUAGUGUAACAUAAUGUGACAUCUGAGAGUUAAAGUCUCUUUCAGUCAGAAGCUGAUGAAGUAACAUGAACACUAAGGAUAUACUGGCAUUUACUGGAUUAUUCUCACAAAACUUAAAUCAUCAGCUUAUAUGUUGAACCAUAUCAGUUCCUGUCUACAACAGGACUGUAUUUCCAGAAAAAAAGUAUAUUUCACAUAGUAGCUGUUAUCACAUAAUCUGUUGUCUAUAUAAUAAGUAAUAAUAAAGGAAAAUAGGGAAAUCUAUACUCAGAA